AUGGACAUUCCAUUUUUAUAUACAAAAUCAAUUAUUUACUCUUCAUUUAAUUUUUUAAUGCAACUUUAUAGGCUUAAAGAAUAAAUCAUUUUUAUAUAUAAAAUAUAAUUUCACUAAAAACAACUAUUUAAUUUAUAUUUUAAUUAAGAACCUUUUUUAAUAUGGAUAAAUAAAUUUUGCUUUAUUUUAUUUGGUAGCUUUCUUGAUUACUUUAUUUUGUUUUUUCUUAUUCGUUUUAUUAUCAGGUUUUAUCAAUCUGUUUCUUAAUUUAGUUUAUUAAAGGUAUGCUUUUUGAAUAAAAAAAUAUCAUUUUAUUUGAAAAACAUUUUAUUUUAGCAUAUAUUUUAUAACUCUGCAGAUCUCUAUAAUUUUUUAAUGUAUUUCCUAGCUGUAUUUGUUUAUACUUAAUCAAUUUAUUUGAGCUAAGAUUUACUUACUAAUGCUUUUGUGCUAAUAAUUUUCUAUUUAUCUCUGUUCUAUAUAUAAUUUUUUUCUUUUACAAAGAGCUAUGAAAAUGUAGUGUAAUUUAAGAUUCCAUUCAAGUAUAUUUGGAAUAGUUAUUGUAUUACAAAUAUCACUCAAAUUAAGCAAAAGUGA